AUGACGAUUACCAUCACAUCAACCACUUCAAAUGAAAAGUCAACAACAACAGUCAUGGAAAAUUGUUCGGAAUCAUCAAAGAUUGUAGUCAUGCGAUCGAGUGAGCAAAAUGAUCAUCAUGAACAUCUUGUUUUGGAAAAACGUCAUGAACAACAAGAACAAAAUUCAAGAGAAAAUAAUCAUGUUUCUAACGCUUUUACUUUUGUAUCGAUUACUUUUGUUUUUCUUUUACUAAUUAUAGCAAUUUGUAACGACUUAUUUCCGAAAGAAUCUUCAACAAACACUGACAAACUCACGAUCGCUUCAAUGCUUUUAGAAAAAGGAAAUAUUGCAUUUCAAAAUAUGGAGUAUGAACAUGCAAUCACAUGUUACUCAAACGCGAUUGAAUUGACUCCAAAUUUAGCUGAUGCUUGGAGUCAAAGAGGACUUGCUUAUCUUAAAGCUCAAUCAUAUGCUCAAGCAUUAAAUGAUUUUAAUCAUGCUCUUAAAUUAGAUUCAAUACACGCAAACACUCAAAAUUGUAUGGGAGUAUUACAUUAUUAUGGUUAUGGAGUUGUCACAAUCAAUUAUGAGAUUGCUUUUUCAUGGUUUGAAAAAGCUGCCAAACAAGGACAUGCAAAAGCUCAACAUAAUGUUGGCCUAUUAUAUUAUUAUGGAUGUGGAACUCCAGAAACCUACACGAAAGCAAUUGAAUGGUUCAAAAAGUCAGCCAACCAAGGAAAUCCUAACUCUCAAUAUUAUCUUGGACACAUCUUUGAGAAAGGUAAUCCUACCGCAUUCUUCAGAUUCUUUGACUAUUUGAGAGACCAUUCAAAAGCGCUUAAAUGGUAUGAAAAAGCAGCAAAUCAAGGUCACCAUGAAGCUCGUUAUUCAGUCGGUCAUUUGUAUUAUAGAAAUCAAAAUUACACAAUGGCACUUGAAUGGUUAACAAAAGCAGCAAAUCACAAUCACUCACAAGCUCAGUACAUGUUAGGAACCAUGUACUAUAAUGGAGAUGGAGUGACACAAAAUUACACAAUUGCUUUUGAUUGGUUUUUCAAGAGUGCCCAAAAAGGUAAUGCUGAAGCUCAAUUAAUGAUUGGAAAUAUGUUUUAUAAUGGAGAAGGAACGAAGCCAAGUUAUGUAAAAUCGUUCCUAUGGUUCAAAAAAAGCGCAGAACAAGGAAAUUCAGAGGCUCAAUUGAACCUGGGAUUUAUGUACUUCCAUGGAUUUGGAGUGCGAAUGGAUUUCAUAGAGGCCUACAAAUGGAUUAAAUCUGCAGCAGACCAGGCCAAUCUUAAGGCAUUAUUGCUUAUUCCAGGCCAAAUUGAUCUGACCAAAGUUGGUAAAAAGCUGUGGAGCAAUGAAGGGAGUAGCAAAAAGAAGCCCUAUGUCAUGCUGUAA